AUGCUUGCCAACCAGCUUCAAAUCAUCUUGUUGUGCUAUUGUGCCAACCUUUUACAAGCAGCACCAGCACCAGCUGUUGUCACAGUUAUUCAAACAGUCACAUCUGGAGACACAUCUUUACAAACAAGUACCGCUGGUGCAAACACUCUUAACCAAGCAGCUACAGCAGCAUCAAAUGUUGACUUAGCAGCAACCACGGCGGCAGCAACCACUGCAGCUGCUACCACCACUUCCUCGGGGUUUUGGAACGAUUUGUUGAAUAAUCUUCAAUCAUCCUCGGCAGAUUCAUCUAGCUCUAGUGACUCAUCAUCUGGAUCUUCAAGUGGGUCUUCGUUUUCAAGCUUUUUGAGCGGUUUAUUUGGAAAUUCAGAUUCAACUGCAUCGACCGCAUCAACAAGCUCAACUUCAAGUAGCUCAAGUGGAUCAAGCUUUUGGAAUAGAUUAUCUGAUUUACUUUCAGGAUCAUCUGACUCCUCAUCAUCAGCUACACCAGUAGCAACAUCUGCCAAUACGGUUACCCCAUCAACAAGUUCAGCCGGACUUGGUUUCACAGCUUCGUCAUCCCAAUCACAACCAUCCAUCUUCUCCACAUCCUCAGCAUUACCAUCAUCAUCAUCAUCAUCAUCAUCAUCAUCCUCAUCAUCAUCAUCGGACAUUUAUGCUGCCAUUGCCGAUUCAGAUGAUGUUGAUGCUUCCUUUGCCAGUGACAUCUUGGAUGCUCACAACCAAUACAGAGCACAACAUCAAGCUGGAGAUUUGGCAUGGGAUGUUGAUACCUACAACUACGCCAAGAAUAAUGCCGACAACUACGAUUGCUCAGGUGUAUUGACACAUACCCAUGGUCAAUAUGGCGAGAACUUGGCCGCUGGUUUCAAGGAUGGGCCAAGUGCUGUUAAAGCUUGGUACGACGAGGGAGAAACCUAUAAUUAUACUGCUGCCAAUGAAUAUAAUCACUUUACUCAAGUUGUUUGGAAAGGGUCUACGAAAGUUGGUUGUGCGUAUAAAGAUUGUACGAGUACCGGAUGGGGCUUGUACAUUGUUUGUGAGUAUGACCCCGCUGGUAAUAUUAUCGGUUGGGAGAAAGCAAAUGUAUUGCCAUAG